UGUAUUGUAUUUAUUAUAGAAGUCAAUCGGCAUACCUCAAAUUGAAAAACGUGGAUCCAAUGGACCUGCUGUUUCUGAUCUUAUAAAUGACCUUGUUCGUCAAGAGGUGAAAAGAGCUCAUAAACUCUGUAAAUGUCCAGGGGACUCUGACACUAGGGAAGCGGAUUUAGGCUGUGGAAAAAGUCACGUAAGAAGACAAGCUCCAUCCGGGUCACAGUGCUGCACUUCUUUAUCUAAACCAUUCUACCGUGGCAACUCCACGGUAACAGUGACGUCAUACAUUGGACAAGAAGUAGUUCUGCCAUGUGAAGGUACCGGAUAUCCACCACCGACGGUGUCAUUUAGUCCGUCGGCGGAUCCAAGAGGGUUAAACCGCUUUGUGAACACAGCCAAUGGGCUCAUGAUUAAAAAUGUUCAAACCUCGGACAGUGGGCAGUAUGUGUGUACAGUUCAGAAUAUAUUUGGGUUAGAAAAGAAGAUUAUAAAUCUACGAGUUACAGAUCCAGUUGUUGCCACAACUUCACCCACCAGUGUAACAGUAAACGAAGGAAAUUCCAUACGAAUCCAAUGUGACGUCACCGGUAAUCCCACUCCAAUUGUCACGUGGCAACAUAAAAGGUUCGAUGGCGUCAUUGUCCCAGUGAUAGCUACUCCCUCUACAAUUAUCACCGGAAACACAAUUACUAUUAACAAUGCCAAAGCGUCCAACUCCGGAAGUUACAUAUGUCUUGCCCAGAAUGCCUUCGAGAAAGACGAGGCCUCUACAACCGUGAGCGUGAUUGGAAAACCUCAGAUUGUUACACCACCAAAGUCUCAGACUGUACUUCAAGGUUCAACUGUCCGACUAUACUGCUCAGUAGCAUCGAACCCGCCGGCCACUGUCACGUGGACAUAUCCUUUGACUGGUAGCAAACCCCCGCUGAACGCCUAUAUCAACCCUGACAAUUCUAUCACACUUUCCAAUGUUGACAAAUAUAACAACGGGGAUUACCAAUGCGCGGCUACCAAUUCUUACGGCACCGUUUACGCACAGUCAAACCUCGUUGUGGAAAAGACUGUAUCAGUUACUACGUCACCUCACCUUCAGCCAAUGACAGGCACGGAACCGAUCCUCAACUUCCAGUGCACAGCUGACGGCAUUCCCAAUCCUACAACAACUUGGUCAAAACUCGGUGCAGCACCUUUAGCGGGUAACAGUAAAUAUAUCGCAUUGUCUGGGGGUAAUCUUAUAAUAAGUGGUCCCAGUUUGACCACUGAUACAGGUGUGUUUGAAUGUAGUGGUAAAAACAGGAACGGUAAUGCAACGGACAGUGUAAUUGUUUAUAAAGCGCUUGGACAAAUAAAGUGCACGGACAAGUUUACGGACAUGGUUUGUGCGACUGGCCAAACUUGCGGUGGUCAUUGUCCAAAUAAUUGCAUCUUCCAAGGACAAAAUGUAUACGGAUACAACACAUACUCUAUGGACUCGACGAUUUGCAAGGCUGCAACACACGCAGGAACACUUCCGAACCCCAAUAAUGACCCAGUUAUUUGGACUCAUGUACCAAGUGCUACCUUUAUAGGAGUGGUGACAAAUGGCAUAAGAAGUGAAACGCACGCUUCUUCUGAUGGAAAUCAAAUACUACAAUCCUCCACCGGGCGUUCCUCAUCCGGGAACGCUUUGAUUGGUUGAUUUGUCAUCUUCUGUAAUAGUUUCACUCGUGUUUUAUUGAGUUUUAUUGAUAAUAAAAGGAUUUAUUACAAAG